AGCCGCCCCAGGUUCUGGGUCCGAAGCUCUGCGUCAGGCUCCACGUCCGCGCCGCUCCUCCCCUCCCUGGAGGUGGCGUAGGGCCGGAAUCUCACGGCAGCCUGGCCGCAAGGACGGGCAGGACGUCUUCGGCUUACACCGGGCGCUCCAGUCCAGAGGCUGGGACAGCUCCCGUCGCUCUUCGUUCCGCCAUACCCUUCUCCACGACCUCGGUCGGGCAUGUUUUCCAGGGCCCAGGUGAGGCGGGUUCUGCAGCGGGUGCCCGGGAAGCAGCGACUCGGCGUUUACAGGUUCCUGCCCUUCUUUUUUGUCCUGGGAGGAACGAUGGAGUGGAUCAUGAUUAAAGUGCGCGUGGGCCAGGAGACCUUCUACGAUGUCUACCGUAGAAAAGCCUCAGAAAGACAGUAUCAGAGAAGGCUGGAAGAUGCAUCAGAGACUGAACUUCAGCAGUCAAUAAAGUGAAUAUGAAACU